GUUAAUUUUACAUUACCGUUUCCUGCAAAGGUGUCAUGAACUCUGUCGGAACCUUCGUCUUCGACAGCAUAAAGCCCUUCGUCCUGAAGGAGGCCAACACUAACAUCCGAAACGACGUUAACAAAGAGGUGAAGAAGUUGCCGCAGAGGUUCCCCAACUCUAUAUCGCCUUUCGAUCAGCUGAUCGCGGAACUGAGACGGAAGGUGAGGGACAAGGGCUUCGAUCCUUACAAAGUGCAAGAUUACAACAGCAGCGCCGGCGUUUUCGACAUUUAUCUCACCCACACCUGGUUGUACGGCGUGGCCUCCUUCCACAGGACGAAGGACAUCAAAUUCGAACUUAGAAAUAAGACGGCGCAUAUGCUCGUCGAAGUCGGUACACAGAGAUUGAUGGGCACCACCAACUGGGAUAUUUCCUUCGUUGCUGGGAUGCUGUCCAGAGCUGGGACUGCGUCGUUUACGGUUGAAUACAUUAGGGUACAAGCGAACGCCAGUCAAAGCUUAGACACUAGUCAACAUCCUAACCUAGACGAUAUCCAGGUGGAAUUAGGCAAUAUUCAGGUCAGAUUCGACGGUCUGGGCACUGUGGAUUACGUCAUAGAAUUGGCCGUUAAUGUGAUUCCUAACCUUUUGCGAUACCAGAUAAUGGACGCUUUGGAGAAGCCCAUAAGAUUAAAAAUCCAGGAAGCCUUAGAUCAGGUAAACGUGGAGAGAAUCAUCAAGGAGAACGCUAAGAAAUUGGACAGUGGGAAGGGGUUAGAAGGUCUAGAGUUCCUUUAAUUAUUUUAAAAUGUGAAGAAAUGGAUUGGUAAUGAUAUUUAUUUUUCAAAUACAUAUUCAGCCACAAUCUCUUAACACCUAUUUAUAAAGUGCGAUGAAUAAAUAAUAAACAGGUUUUUUAAAUUUA